ACACCAUGGACUUUGGUUUGGAGAAGUUUGAGAGAGGAAAAGAAGAACAGACUACUUUUACCUGACACACAUUGCAGCAAGAACUAUGCAGAUUCAACGAACCUUUGUAAAAACUGUUCUUUUCUAAAUCAGCCGUUUGCUGCUCUGAGGGUUAAUUGGCUCUGCUUCCAGCACCAUGGACGAACUGCAGGAUGUUCAGUUGACAGAGAUCAAACCGCUCCUGAAUGAUAAGAAUGCAGCUCGCAACUUCCAGGACUUCGACUGUCAGGAACAUGACAUUGAGACAGCUUUCGGAGUGGUCCAUGUCACCAUGCGGGGCACACCCAAAGGGAACAGACCUGUCAUCCUCACAUACCAUGACAUUGGCCUCAACCACAAAUCCUGUUUUAAUGCAUUCUUCAACUUCGAAGACAUGCAAGAGAUCACUCAGCAUUUUGCCGUGUGCCAUGUGGAUGCACCAGGCCAGCAAGAAGGAGCCCCCCCAUUCCCAUCUGGGUACCAGUAUCCCAGUAUGGAUGAACUGGCUGAAAUGCUCCCUGCUGUUCUGACGCACCUGAACCUGAGAAGCUUCAUUGGGAUUGGACUGGGAGCUGGCGCUUAUGUCCUCAGCAGGUGUGCACUCAGCCACCCCGACCUGGUGGAGGGACUCGUUCUUAUUAACGUUGAUCCAUGUGCAAAGGGCUGGAUUGACUGGGCAGCAUCCAAGUUUUCAGGCUGGACAACCAACAUAGUGGAUAUUGUCUUGGCGCAUCAUUUUGGCCAUGAGGAACUGCAGGCAAAUCUAGAUUUGAUCCAAACAUACAGGCUUCAUAUCGCACAGGAUAUUAACCAAGAUAACCUCCAGCUAUUCCUCACCUCAUACAACAGUCGUAGGGACCUGGAAAUUGAGAGACCAGUUCUUGGCAUCAACGAAAAUACUGCAAAAACACUCAAGUGCCCUGCCUUGCUAGUGGUUGGUGACAACUCGCCUGCUGUGGAAGCAGUGGUUGAAUGCAAUUCACGUCUUGACCCAACCAAAACUACCCUUCUGAAGAUGGCCGACUGUGGGGGCCUGCCCCAGGUGGUUCAGCCUGGCAAGCUGACUGAAGCCUUCAAGUACUUUGUGCAGGGAAUGGGCUACAUGCCAGCAGCCAGUAUGACCAGGCUGAUGCGCUCCCGUACUCACUCCUCCUCUAGCGUGGGCUCUGGGGAGAGCAUCCGCAGCCGGUCUCACACCAGCAACCACGGUGAUGGAAGUGCUGGAACACCAGAAGGAAUUGACCUCCAGGAUGCACCUCAAACCAUGGAAGUAUCCUGUUAGGCAGGAGCCCCUCUUCUGGAUUCAGACAACUCUACUUGCCCCCACUGAACCCAUUCAGAAUCUAGCAUUUCAUCCAACAUGGCAUUAACUGUUCUCUCUAACUUGUGCAUGGCCACCUGAGCUGCCACCUCCUUGGUAGUCUGUACUUGGCAUUACUUUGGUCCUUUCUGUAUGCCCUUGGCAUCAGAGCCUCUUUAAAACUCAUUAACGUUCUGCAGUCUUAGUAAGUCACGUUACUGUACAUGCUGAUUACCAUCUCCUGUCUGUGCUGUGUAUCAAUCCAGAUGACAGUCAUUGUCUCCCCUGUUUAUUUAAAUAUAAUUUCUGUGGCUUUGUGAGGUUUAGAAUUGCUUUCUAGUUGUGCUUCUGCUAAAGGACCCUUGUGGUGCAGUUGGUAUGGCUUCUGUGAGAUGUGGGAAAGCAAGACCGUGAUGAUGUGAAACUCCGGGUGCUGGAGCUCUUUGGCAGAGCUGUGCCUGGGGUGCAGAACCCACCAGAAGGUCUUUGUGUUCCUAGCACUCUGGGCAUGCCAGGCAGCCGUGGGGGAAAAAAAUGGUCAGAAAUACUGUCUUGGUCUCAUCUCUGUACGUGUGUUAAGAAGGAGCAAAGUGAUUUCUUACCUGAGCUUCCUGAAAGGGCAAAGCAAUUAACAAGUAAACUUACACUAACCGAGGUGCACUAUUAACCAAGUACAAGGGAUCAAACUGCAGCAGCCCUGGCUUCCAGACCGCUUCUGCUGACCCUCUGCCUCCCCUGCAGACUUCGUCCAGACGCAGUUAACGCGUUGUUGCUGUUCUAUGCUGGCACAGGUGAAACUUUAACAUCAAGUAGGUUGUGAAACGGGCAGCAGUGCCCCUUGCCAGAUGGAGAGCCAGAAACCUCCUGCACUGCCAGCCCCAGACAGGCUGGCUGCACAGUGGUUGAACCCUGGCUCAGGAGGUACCAGUAAAUGUACAUGACUGCCAGCCGGUGCCCAUUCCUGCCCGUUGGGUCACAAGUGUGAGCAGGGACUGCCUCCAUGCAGGCACUAUUUACUGCCUUUGUGGAAUUCACAAUUCUGCUGCCUUUUUACAUCUGGCCGGGUCGCAGAGGGUGGGAGGCAAAUGCCUGCUGCAUGCCAGGGUCUCGCUGUUACUGGGAGAAAAGGGAUGAGUGGUCAGGCUACUACAGGUCUUGAUAGGUGAGCAAAACAUUCUUUUGUAACUGUUGAGCAGUCCUGACUGGCUGGGAGCCAGCUCCUCCGAGGGUUGUGCUCAUGUUCUGCUCCAUUUCAGGUAGGGAAAUGGGACUGGGAGGCUCUGCCUG